AUGAAUCUUUUGUAGCAUUUUUCCUCUCCAUAGCCAUUUAUAUUUCGAGCCCUAACUUUCUCUCUCUCUAAAAAGAUUUAAAAAUUCUCUCCACAGAAAGAAUUCCUUCGAGCUUCUCUGAUUAUUUCGUCAACUUUAUUAGGAAAUGGCAAAAGGUAUCAGAGGAAGACGCAGAAUUGCUUCACGAAAGUACAGGCCAACACCAUAUCCCUUGCCGGCUUCUAGUAGAACGGAGGUAAUGCAGCAAAAGAAGUGCUCAAAAAUAUUCGAGAAGAAGGACUGGAAAGAUGCAACUUGUUCUGUGUGCAUGGAGUGUCCCCACAAUGCUGUUCUUCUCUUGUGUUCUUCACAUGACAAAGGUUGCCGACCUUACAUGUGCGGGACCAGCUUCCGUUAUUCCAACUGCCUUGACCAGUACAAGAAGGCCUAUAUGAAAGUAACCUCGUCAGAAACCCAUCCACCUACUCGUGGUUUACUUAACAGUCAAGCUACGGGCCAAUUUUCUAGUUGGCCUGUUGAGAAUUGUGAGGUACUAAAGAUUGCAUGUCCCCUUUGUCGGGGACAGGUGAAGGGCUGGACUGUUGUGGAGCCUGCACGAGAAUAUCUCAAUGCUAAGAAACGAAGCUGCACACAGGAUAACUGCUCAUUUGUUGGAACAUUCAAGGAGCUGCGGAAACAUGUGAAGGCAGAGCACCCUUCUGCUAGGCCACGUGAAGUGGAUCCUGUUCUAGAACAGAAGUGGAGAAGUCUGGAGCGUGAGCGGGAGACAGAAGAUGUAAUGAGCACAAUAAGGUCAUCAAUGCCAGGAGCAGUUUUUUUCGGGGAUUACGUAAUUGAAGGAAGUCACUAUGGUUUUGAUUCUGAUGAAGAGGAUUUUGAUGCAGAUGCUAUGGAGCGGAAUGAGGGGUUUGAACCAGGGAUUGAUCGCAACUUGAUGAACGUCUUUCUCUUUCUGCAGGCAUUUGGUUCUGCAGGGACACAGAGAGGUAUGAGGCGACAUGAGAGAGACUCCAACCAUACAUUGGAUAGAGAUCACUCUCGUCAAAGUAGUGAUAGGGACGAGGACGAUGACCAUGGUGGUACAUCACUGGCUACCCGUCUACGUCGUCAAGGAAGAAUUGUUAUGGGGAGUUCUAGGAGGAGGAGAAGGCAUGGAGAGGCUCAUUGAGGCCUGAGAUAGAAUUUAAUGGUGUUAAAACAAGUUCAGGGUGGCGUAUAAAUUUCUAGGUUUUAGUCCAUUGGCAGAAAAGAUUUUAAUUUAUCAUUUGCUUGCACAUUUACUUCUCACAUACAUUCCAUAAUGGGUUCCAUGAUAGGAUAGCCCAAAACUGUGGAGGGUCAAACAGAAACUAGUUUGGUGUAAAUUUUUAUUUGUAACUUUCCUGAUUAACUUGUUA